AUGUGCUACCUGAAAAGGAGCCUGAGCAAAUCUGUGAACUCGCUCGUUCUCCACUUUGAGUUCGUUAAGUGCAAAAAUUUAGCAAGAUAUCGAAAGAAGGGAAAGUAUUACAUGAUAAUUUCUUACGACAAUUUGCUUUUUUACGAGAAGGAUUUUUACCAAGUUCAGUUUCAAAUAUUUUUUGCCGAUAUCCGGCAGAUAUAUAUGUGCGACGAGUCCAACUAUGUGCAUGUCACUCUGAAGGAGGGCGCGGCCAUUAACGACAUAGGCAUCAAGGGAAUAAACAAGAGCAUCCUCGUCAAGCAACUAUGCGUUGCAUACAGCACGUACUACAUGUUCAACCUGAACAUGAACAUAUACAUGCCAAUUACAAACGAGACGUACGAGGAGAGAUGCCGCAGAACAGGACAUCAUUCACAAACGAGGAAGGUCGAUCUUUCCGUGCAACCGUUUAUCGGGUACCGCAAGGUCGUAUUCGACGAGUACUUCUUCUUCAUCCACAAGUCCUUUCAAAACUUUGCAUCCGUUUCGAACGAGAGUACCUUCUACAUCGAUCGAAGAGGAAUAGAAAUAAAUAUAAAAAUAGACGGCCAGAAAAGCAUGAUCGAGUUGGAUGGGACGGAGGACAAUAAUUUUUAUCAGCUGGCGAGUAGCCACCUCAAUUUUUUAAUCAACAAAUCCAAAAUACCACUCAUCAUACGUAAAAAUUUUUACUACAAGAGGAUGAACUUAUCGGACGACUUGGCGAAGUGGUCUGGAUAUGAGGUCUACUUGAAGAACGAGACGCACACCAUUGUUUGUAUAAUUUUGAGGAGGACGUUCAUCCCCCCUCUUUUGGACAAAUGCCAAGACAUAUUUGUUACGUUUAAAAUAUCGCACCAGAGUCAGCAGGAAUUCAAUGUCACCGAUAAGGAUCUGUAUGCAGAAGUAUACGUCGUGGCCAACUCGAUCACACCCAACGAUAUUCACAACACCUUCUACGCCAAUCUGAUACAAGUUCAAGUGGAUGCUCUCCUUUACAACCCUGAGGUGUAUGGAUAUUUCGAAUCAACCUUAAAGAUAAAGCCAUCCUACUUUGACCACCUAAAGAUUUUUUUCAAAUCUAUGCUGAUCAUAUUGAAGGAAGGAGACGUCGUGAUUAGCUCUGAAGUGAUAGACUUCCUGGGGGAGGACACCAAGGUGGAGAAAAAUCUGGAGUACCUCCUGAAUGUCAUCCUCAACCAGAUUCCGGGCGUAAACCUCCUGGAUACCCACAGAAGCGAGAAGAUAAAAAUCAAUCGAAUUCUGCACAGGCUCUCGGACUACCUAAUCUAUUGCCUAGAUUCGGGGUUCCUAUCGGAGAAGUUCAACGUAACGGAUCUGAUCAAGGGGGCGAUCAUUAUCAACGCGGAUAGCAUGUUGGCCAUGAAGGACAUGAUGAAUUUCCUUCUCCACUUGCGCAAAAGGGAUUACUCCGUGGGGUACAGGAAAGAUUGUCUGGAGCUUCUUCGGGAGGAGGAAAACACUCCUGUCGAGGGACCUACUUCGACACAAUCACUUGGUAUGGGCAACACUAAAGCUGCUAUCCCUGUUGCAGCGCGCACCAAAAUCGAGCGGCUACUAGACAGCGAAGACCACUCAGUUAGCGACUUCCUCCUAUUCCACCUGCACCAGUGUGGAUACAUAAACCGACAUUGCCGAUAUAAGCACGACACCAGCUACAAACAAAUCAUCGCAUGCAUCCUCAAAUACGGAGUAAACAUGAAAAUAAAAAAAAAAAUUCUAAAGAAGCUAUUAAUCUUUUCAAAUGAUUACAAAAAUAAAUAUGACUCCUCGCUCAUAAGUGCGAUCAUAUAUUUUUUGGCUAGCUUAUGUGAAGAAAAAAAAAAAAAAAAAAAAAAAAAUUCAAUUGUUCUCAUAUUAAGUAUAUUAAUCAACAUUACAAACAACAAUGAUGAAACGAAAAAUAUUCUUAUCCAUUUUGGAAUUCACAAAAUAUGUAAUCUGCUAAUUUUAUCGAAUGAUUGUGAUGUCGUCGAGAAAAUUGUACUGCUCUAUAUCAACUUAAGUAAAAGCAAGUGGAUGUGUGAAGGAAUAGUAAACAGUGGAAUCCUCCUCCACAUGAUAGAUAUUCUUUUUAAUACGUACUCCAUAAACUUACGGUCGAAGAAAGAAAUCUGUAUUAACAUCCUUUGCGUUAUUGGUCAAGUCUGUAAUUACUGCAAAACCUAUGCUCAGUUUUUAUUUUCCCAUUAUGUAGAAAUUUUGACCGUUGGCAUUUGCAUUUAUCAGUCCACAGACAUUCAACAAUUUGAAAAAGUCAAGUUGAUAUAUUUUUUUAAAAAAAUGCUAAUGCACAGUUAUGAAAUGAAGGAGCAAAUUUGCCUCCAACUAUCUCCCCUAAUCAUUAUGGAAAUACAUUCUGCUUCGGAAGACAGAGAUUUUAUUUACUCUUCCUUGUCUCUCUUUGAUGCCAUGUCUUGCUACAAGGUUAAUUGUCAACAUAUGGAGAGGAUGCAGAUCAUACCGCUCCUCCAGUUUGUCAAGACUCUAAAUGUCGUGGAGCUCUAUAAGCGCGCUGAAAGGAUCGAGACCACCAUUAGCAAAAAUGGACAACUCCUAUAA